AUGACUCCAAAAUGGGGAUAUACUGUUAUGGACAAGGACGACCUAGUGUGGGAGAAGCUCGAAGACGACCUCGAGAAGUGGGAACUAUCGGUAAACAAGGCCGUGAUAUAUCGCGGAGUUGCCGCGCUCAUCCUGAAAUACCGACCUGGCGAAGCCGUGGAGCUUCACAUGCCGAUUAAAGGGGGAUAUAACGCCUUUUACCGCCUCGAGCAUUGUCAAGUUCCCCGAAGAGAAAUCCGCUACGAGGUAGCCACGAUGAAGUAUGUAGCUGCGAACACUACUAUCCCGGUGCCUAAGAUCUACGGCUGGGGCACCGCCGAGGAGAACCCCACUGGUCUCGGCCCGUUCAUGAUAAUAGAGUAUAUCGAGCAUUCGCGGACGCUAUCCGACGCUCUAAAGGACCCUACCCUUGGGCCAAAAGAGGAACCCGUCUUAGAUCCCAACAUCGACGAGCAAAAGCUCUCAUUCCUCUACGGCCAAAUGGCCAACAUCCUCCUCCAGCUCUCUACCCUCACCUUCCCCCAAAUCAGCUCCCUCGACCAAGACUCCAACGGCAACAUCUCGGUUUCCGGUCACCCUAUAACAAUGAACAUGAACAACCUCAUCGAGCACACCAACAUCCCCCCGUCCAUCCUCCCGAUCCACCCACACAACUACGCCUCCACAACCGCCUGGUACUCCGCCCUCGCAGACAUGCACCUCACACAGCUAACAUUCCAGCACAACGACGCUAUCGCGGACGACGACGACGCGCGCGACAAAUACAUCGCUCGGCAACUCUUCCGGCGUCUCGCGCAUGAAGGCCGUCUCAGCCCCCCUCCCCCCUCCACCGACGCCACCGACCCAUCCUCGGAAUUCCGCCUCUUCUCCGAAGACCUGCGCCCGUCAAACGUCCUCGUCGACGCCGAUGAUCGCAUAGUCAGCGUUAUAGACUGGGAGUUUGCGUACGUGGCGCCUGCGCAGUAUAGUCGCGAUCCGCCGUGGUGGCUGUUGCUGAAGAUGGGGGAUUACUGGCCUGGUGGGCAUGAGGCGUUCGUGGAGGCGUAUGGGGUGCGGCUGGAGACGUUUUUGCGGGUGUUGGAGGUGGAGGAGGGGAAGAUGAGGGAGGCGGAUGAGGCGAAGAAGCGAGAGGGAGGUGAGACGAAGACGGAUGAUGAAGAUGUGGUAAACGGGAUAGCAUCACUGUCCCUCUCCACAACUCCCCUAUCCCAACAAAUGUGCCAAAGCUACACCUCCAACACCUGGCUUACCAACCUCGCAACACGCGAUAGCUGGACCUUUGAUUUCCUGUUCUGGCGGUACCUAGACGAGCAGUUUUUCGGGGACGAGAAAGAGAACGAGGAGCAAGAUUACCACGCGCGGUUGGACCUGUUGACGGAGCGAGAGAGGGAGGCGAUGGAGGAGUUUGUGCUGGCGAAGGUGCGGGACAGUGAGGAGAGGGUGGUUGUUGAGUGGGGAGAGGAGGAGGCGAAGGCGAGGUUGGCGGAGGUUAUGGUUUAG